UUAGCAGCAGAUCGUCUCUCUGGAGGCCACAGUCCACGCAGACUGCAGGCGGUCGACAUGGUUCGGUGGAAGCUGCACAGCGUUCUGCUUCUCGUGCUGCUCUGCGAGUCACAUGGCCAGUUUGACAAGUCCAGGAGAGUUCCCCUGCGUUUCAGAUUUGAGUCUUUCGACAGCUAUGUGGAUCGCCAUAACUUAGGAACCCAAAAGAGCAGCAUUAAUUCUUCACCAAGGUUCACCCUCCUGGCUCCAGACCUGCUGAGGACAGACAGUCAGGAGAACAUCUACUUACAGGCCGACGGUCUGUCCACACCCGUCACUGUCUCCGUCUCCAUCUGGGACUUCAGCAAAACCGUCCUGCUCCUCCUGGAAUCCGUCACACUCAACCUAGAGAACAACUUCCAGGCCCUAAAGACUUUUCAGCUUUCCUCGGAGAAUUUGAAUCGUGAUGAGAAAAAAAACAAGUUUGUGUAUCUGAAAGUGAACUUUGGGAGUUUCCACUCUGAGGAGAGAGUGCUGAUGGUGUCCUUUCACUCUGGCUACAUCUUCAUCCAGACAGACAAGCCCAUCUACAACCCUGGAGACACCGUUCGAUUUAGAGCCUUUGUGUCCUCUCCGUCCUUUAAGGCCUUUGACAGCUCCAUCACAAUAGACAUCCAGAAUCCAGAUGGUGUGGUGGUUAAACACAUCUCCAGGACUAAAACUCCCGACGGCGUCUUUGUAGACACGUUUCCUCUCUCUGAAAUCGUCAAUGAAGGAACAUGGAUUCUCACUGCAAAGUUUGACCACUGGCAGCAGAACACAUUCACCUCCCAGUUUGAGGUGAAGAAAUACGUGCUGCCUGCCUUCAACGUCACCUUGACGCCCAAAAAGUCCUUCCUCAGCCUGGAUGACACUGAACUGGUGGUGGACAUCACAGCCCGGUACCUGUAUGGGGAGCCGGUCCAGGGAAAGGCCUACGUUGUGUUUGGAGUAAAGAUCAACAAAGACAUGAAUAGAUUACCGUCAGUGAAGCAGGUGUCAAAUCUGGAUGGGGGAAGCGUCACACUGAGUAUGGACGAGCUGAAGAGAGCUUAUCCCAACUUCAGAUCUUUGGUGGGAAACUCUGUGUAUGUCAAAGUUUCUGUGCUCACCAGCACAGGAAGCGAUCUGGUUGAGGCUGAAAAGACUGGGAUUAAAAUCGUAGAGUCUCCUUACGUCGUGCUCUUCAAAGACAUGCCAAAGUACUUCAAACCAGGCCUGCCUUUGGACUUCACGAUCCAGGUGAGCCACCACGACGGCUCCCCGGCCCGAAACGUCCCGAUCAAGCUGAACCUGCUGGACACACCAUUGGUCGUCUCCUCCGGCGCCGCCAGAGCCACCAUCAACAUGCCCAGAGAUCACCAAGCACAGACCAUCACUGCAGAGACCACGCAGGCCGGCCUCAGACCAGAGCAGCAGGCCAAACAACAGAUCACUGUUCAGCCCUACCAGACUUUCACCUCCCGACAGAGAAACUACUUGUACAUCUCCACAGGAACCAACACGGUGUCUGUAGGAGACAGGCUGUCCCUGCAGCUCAGCAUCUCUCUGGCCGAUCAGACAAACAGAGAAUUUGUGAAACACGUCAGCUACCUUGUGCUCAAUAAAGGUAGAAUCAUAAUUGCUGGGCGCAUGAAUGUGACCGGCCAAACGGUCACCAGCGUUGGACUCGUAGUGACACCGGAGAUGAUGCCGUCGUUUCGCUUUGUGGCGUUCUACAGCAUUCCCUGGCUCGCAGCUGAAGAGGUGGUGUCAGACUCCAUCUGGAUAGAUGUGGCAGAUUCCUGUGUUGGAGGGCUCAAAGUGGGGCCGGUGGACGGCAUCCACAGAGACUAUGCGCCUGGGAAAAUCUUCAAGUUUCAGAUCAGAGGUGACCCGGGAGCAAAGAUCAGCCUGGUGGCCGUGGACAACGCUGUGUAUCUGCUCAACAAGGACAGACUCACACAGAGAAAGAUUUGGGGCGUGGUGGAGCACGGAGACAUCGGCUGCACCCGCGGGGGAGGCCGAGACGCUAAGGGGGUGUUUUCAGAUGCAGGACUGCUUUACUCCUCCAGCACCGGCUUCAAAACUACGACCAGACAAACCCUGCAGUGUCCAGGCAGCACCAGAAGGAGGCGCUCUGCUGAACUGUUGAAGCGUAAAGCUCAGCUGGAGAGCCACUACAAGGAGAAGCUGCAGCAUCGCUGCUGUAAGGACGGCCUCAGGGAGAUCCCGAUGCCGUACUCCUGCACGCGACGUUCCCUCUACAUCACUGAGGGCUGGGAAUGCAUCCAAGCUUUCCGAUACUGCUGCGCCACGUACAGGGACCAGGUGGUCGACACCGAGGUUCCCACCACCCCACCAACAACCACUGCAGCUCCCACCACUGCAGCUCCCACCACCUCCUCUCAACCCUGGACUGUCACUCAUACACGAGAGAAAAUACAGCUCUCCCGAUACAACUUUGAUUGGGGACGUAGACUUGGAACAAUGCCUGGACUACCAGGACCACCAGGACCACCAGGACCACCAGGACUACCUGGCCUAUCUGGAGCACCUGGACCUGAUCUGUACAUGUAUACCAAAGUAAACAAAAUGACAGAAGAGGAAAAAGUGUUGGUAAUGGGGAGAGAGGCAGUGGAGGAGGAAGAGGAGGAGGAAGAGUGGGAGUACCUGGAUGAGACUGAAGUGUAUCUGCGAUCCAAGUUCUAUGAGUCUUGGCUGUGGAUGGAUGAUGUUAAGUUGCCCAGUCAGGCAGACAGCAACGGGCUGGCGUCUCAGGAUGUGGACACCGUCUUACCUGACAGCAUCACAGAGUGGGGAGUUCUGGCAGUCAGCUCAUCACCUCAGACAGGUUUCUGUGUUGCCGAGCCUUACAACGUCAGAGCGUGGAAGCGUUUCUUUGUGGACCUGAAGCUACCGCAUUCAGUGGCGAGGAACGAACAGGUGGAGAUCAAGGCUGUGGUCCACAACUACGGCGAUGAUGACCUGCAUGUAAGGGUGGUGCUGAUGAAGACGGAAGGCAUGUGCAGCAUUGCUUUCAAGGACAGACACACACAGGAAGUGACCGUGAGCGCUGGUUCUUCGGUGGCGGUGCCUUACACUAUCGUACCGUUGGUGGUGGGGGCGCUUCCUCUGGAGGUGAUGGUGGCUGGCAGAGACCUGACGGGAGGAGACCGCAUCCAGAAGAGUCUGCGGGUGGUGUUGGAUGGAGUGCAGAAGACUGAAGUUUGGAGUGUAGUGUUGAACCCUUCUGCUGAGGGAGGAACGCAGACAGUUCGUAGCGGCAAGCCGGAACUGGAGUCAGUUGUGCCAAACUCUGUGCCACAGACAUUCAUCAACGUCAGAGGCAGCGUGUUGGCAGACAGCAUUGAUAACUCCAUCAGCGAGGACUCUCUGGCGUCUCUGAUCCGGAUGCCUGGUGGCUGUGUGGAGCAGAACCUGGCCUCCAUCACUCUGCCGCUCAUCGCCACCCUGUACCUGGACCGAAGCAGCAGCUGGGAGAGUGUGGGAGUCCAACGCAAGGCUGAGGCUAUCCGAUACAUCAGGAGAGGCUAUGAGAACCAGCUGGCCUACAGAAGGAGCGAUGGCUCUUACCCGCCAUACAGGGGCGUAGGAGCAAGCACAUGGAUCACAGCGUACGUGGUGAAGGUGUUCUCUAUGGCUCACUCCAUCGUCGGCAUCAACGAGCAGCAAGUGUGUGACCCUCUGCUCUACCUGGUGAAGAAUAAAUUCAAACGCAGAGAGAAAAUCUACGUAGAAGACAACCCUGUUUACAGCACCACCAUGACUGGUGGUCUCCGUGGUGACGACCCACAGAUAACCCUGACUGCCUUCGUCCACAUUGCGCUGACCGAGGCCAAGCAGGCAGGGAUCCUCUGCAGCAGCUCAGAUGUAAAUGUGGAGGAAGCGAUCCGUCUGACAUCAGACUACUUGAAGAAGGCUCUGAAGACGCCUAGGAGGAGACCGUACACGGUGGCCAUCGCCUCUUAUGCCCUGGCUUUGGACGGCUCGCCCUCCAGUCUUCAUGAACAUUUACUCAGAGCUGCAGCUCCAGGUUUCAGCAACUGGCCUGACAGGGAAAACCACUUGUUCACGCUGGAGGCCACCGGCUACGCCCUGCUGGCUCUGGUCAAGUGGGGACGAAUGGAGGAAGCUGCUGCACCCUUCAAAUGGCUGAACAGCCAGAGAAGAAGAGGAGGAGGCUUCGGCUCCACCCAGCCCACCAUGGUGGUGCUCCAGGCGCUGUCAGAGUAUCUGAUCCACAAACCCCCUCCUGAUGACCUCAGUCUGGAUGUAGACGUCAGGGUAACAGGACGCAAAGAAAUCCGCUACCACUUUAACCCGAAGACAGCCUAUGCUGCUCGUACCUCCAGGCUGCCUGCUAAUCUUGAUUUGGAAAUAGAGGCUCGAGGAAACGGACAAGGAAUUCUGGAGGUUGUGACCUACUACAACCAGCUGCAUGAGGUGGAGGAGAAAAUGCCCUGCAGCCACUUUGAUCUCAACGUCACUAUUGAAGAGUCCAGCGAAAAGCCUCCAGCAGAUGUAGAAAAGUCCUACAAGAUCACCAUCAAAGUGAGGGCUUUAGGACCCAGAGACGUCAGGAUGGUGGUCCUUGAUAUCAGUCUACCAACUGGAUUCACCCCAGAAAACUCUGACCUGGAGAUGCUGUCCAACUCAGUGGAUCGUUACAUUAAUAACUUCCAGACUGUAGACAACCUGAGCGACAGAGGCUCCCUGAUCCUUCACCUGUUCAAGGUUUCUCACAAAGAGCCAGAGAUCCUGGUCUUCAGGCUUCAGCAGAGCUUCAAAGUCGGCCUCCUGCAGCCAUCCUCAGUCACAGUGUACGAGUACUACAACCCAGACCACCGCUGCAGUCGUACUUACACUCCCAAAGAGAACAAAGAGGAGCUCAGUCAGAUCUGCAGAGACAACGUUUGCCGCUGCACGCAGGGUGACUGCUGCGUCUCCAAAACUGACAGCGAAAAUUUCCCCAACAACGAAAGAGAGACGUUUGCCUGCAAGAGCUUACACCAUGUUUUCCAGGUGAAGGUGCUGAGCGUCAGCCACAGCUACUAUGACAAAUACGAGAUGCAGAUUACACAAGUGAUCAAACUGGGCGUGGAGGCUGGAGUUGAAGUGGGUCAGAAGAGGUUUUUCAUGUCUCAUGGAGGCUGCAGAGAUGGACUCAGUCUGAAGCAGGGCUCCCAGUACCUCAUCAUCGGCCCCAAAGAGGACCAGUGGAACAUUGACACUGACACCAACAGAUUCAUCUACAUGUUGGGGAAGGACACCUGGGUGGAGCGCUGGCCGUCGGCUGCAGAGUGCUCCAGCAGUCCCAGUCUGCAGAACAAGUGUCAGAGUCUGAAUGCUGCUGCCAAUGAACUGUCUGUGAACGCCUGCAGGCUGUAGAGACGCCUGAGCAGCCAAACACAACACUUUGCUGUGACAUUUAGAGUAAGGAUGACAACUGACCGUGUACACAGAUUCAUUUAACACAGUCUGUGCAUUAGGGAUCUUUUUUUUGGUGUUUUCUUUUUAAAAACUGAGAGUGUUUGUGACGACCCUUCCCCUAUCCUGCCUGUAGUUGUGUGUGUGGUCCUCUCCCUGCAGGUAGUGGAGGAGUAGGUGUCCCUGACAAUCAGCCAUUGGCCACACCUGAGCCCGGUGUGCGUCAGGGCCUUUAUAAAGCCUUUCUGGUGAUCAUUCUGGCUCUCUCCUGAGAUGGCCACUUGCUUUGCGUUGGUAUGAUUUGCUUUUUUGCACCGUUCAACACUGCAAACACCAUCUUUCCACUCAUGCACUCACCUACACUACUGAUUUUACUGAUGACUCAUCACAUUGUUAGUUUAAGUUAAUCUUUUGCCAUCUAAUAAAAGUUUUGGCCAUAA